AUGACUCCAUGAGACGGGAAUAACCUCCCGAGAAGACCUCUCUUUCUGUAUUGAUCCGGACUUGAAAUAAAAGUGGGAAGAAUCUGGAUCUAGCCCAUUUCCUUUCGUUUUAAGUCUUUUUCCCACUUAUUUGCACUGGCCAUUCAAAUACGGCACCAUUCCGUUAUUGUAACGCAUUGUAUUUUUGUUCGCGUUAAAUUGUUAAAUAUUUAUUUUUUUUUAGCGGUUUUUAAGACCUAUUUUUUUUUCGCGCUUUUGCACAUCGAUUUUAUUUUUAAGAGAAUCGCGGUUUGUUUUAUUUCUAGUUGUAAAUAUAAUAAUAAUAAUAAUAAGUGAUUAAAAUGACAGGUGUUACUUCUUUGGACGCUGUGAAGAGAAAAAUUCAAAGUUUGCAACAGCAAGCGGACGACGCAGAAGACCGAGCUUUAGUUUUACAGCGCGAGUUGGACAAUGAACGGGAGCUCCGGGAAAAAGCUGAAGGUGAUGUGGCAGCUCUGAACCGCAGGAUUCAGCUGGUGGAGGAAGAACUGGACCGGGCUCAGGAGAGGCUGGGUACUGCACUACAGAAACUGGAAGAAGCAGAGAAGGCGGCAGACGAGAGCGAGAGAGGUAUGAAGGUAAUUGAGAACCGCGCCAUGAAGGACGAGGAGAAGAUGGAGAUCCAGGAGAUGCAGCUGAAGGAGGCCAAGCACAUUGCUGAGGAGGCUGACCGCAAAUAUGAGGAGGUAGCCCGUAAACUGGUGAUUCUUGAGGGUGAGCUGGAACGAGCCGAGGAGAGAGCAGAAGUUGCCGAAUGCAAAGCUAGUGAUUUGGAGGAGGAGCUGAAAAAUGUUACAAACAACCUUAAAUCCCUAGAGGCUCAGGCUGAGAAAUACUCAGAAAAAGAGGACAAGUAUGAAGAGGAAAUCAAGGUUCUUAGUGACAAGCUUAAGGAGGCCGAAACCCGUGCAGAGUUUGCAGAAAGAACAGUGGCCAAACUGGAAAAAUCCAUUGAUGACCUGGAAGAAAAACUAUCAAGUGCUAAAGAAGAAAACCUUGGAAUGCAUCAAGUGCUGGAUCAGACACUUCAAGAACUUAACAGCUUAUAAGAAAGACGAUGAGAGAGAAAUCCAUCAGUCAACAUUCCACAAAUAUCUCAUUCACUCCAAAUCUCAAGCUAUCAAGCCCUGUUUUCUCACAAAGUAAUAAUUAACAUUUUGAGGCAUUGCUCUAACGUUUUCUACACCCUCUGCCUCGAAAUCGCUAUCAAAAAUCUUUAAAAAUAAAUUAGCCUACGUUUUUCUGAGGUGCUAUAUCCCCGUUAUUCCCACUGAAACAAUGCUAUAAAUAGCUCAAUAAAUGCUAUACCACAUGGAAAAUGUAUACAUUAAUGUGCUUGGUAGAAAUACCUCAUCAUUCCCUGGAAUUGUUGGCAUUAAUGUGUUUCGCGGGCAAAUUAAUUCGUUACGUGCUAGUUUUCCAUGAAGUGUUUUUGACUGUAUCAUGCCUGCCACCUACUGGCCAUGUGGUACACUACAUCAAAAACUUCACAGCUGACUGUUGUAGUGGAUCAUUUGAGAUAUAACAUCGGGACAUCAUUGAUGUUGAUUCUUUUUUUAUAUACGUAUAUAUAUAAAAAUGUCUUAAUUUUUUUUAAUUUCCUUUAUUUGUCUCGAUUUGGAACACGAUUGGCAUAAAAAAGUAACAUGAAGUACCAUUGACAUUUGAACAUGGUGCCAUGGCAAUGCUGUUUUUUGACAAAUGCCAUCUUAUGGUAUCCUUUGAAUUGCCUUGGAGUAUCAUACAAAUACCAUGGUACGUGAAUAUGGUAAUGACUAAGCCAUCAUGAAAUGGGGACCAAAGAAAUAUCUGUUCUUACCAAGACAUUUCUGUGAAUGCAUUGUUGCUUUUUUUUUUUCUGUCAAAUUAGUAUUUUUGAAUGCCUCAUAAGUUUCUUUACCACUUUCUGUGUAAUAAAUUUGUAUAAAAAGUC